AGAACCAAAGCCAGACCCAGACCGGAAUAAAGCAUCCAGAGAGGAUUAUCUGGGUCAGGAUGCCCUCAGAUCUGACUGCAGGACUCGUCUUCAGGGUUCUGCUGCCCCUCACUCUGACUGCAGCGUGUCUCUUGCGGUUUAAUGGCUUCUCCCUGGUCUACGUGGUCCUGCUGCUGCUGCUUCCUCUGGUGCUGGACCCUUCCUCUUCGUCUUCAUCAUCAGGUAAUGCGUCUCGCUGUGUGAUGGUCCUUUGUGUCUCCAGUUUUCUCUUCCUGUUGCUGCAGUCCUUCUUCCAGAUGACAACCGCCACCCUGCAGCCGGAGUCCAACUGUACGUCGUGGCAAAAAGCUCUCGGUCAGCUCGGCCUGGUGAGUCUGACAGGAAGUGAUGCCGGCUCGGCAGUGAGACAGAUCCUGCCAGAUGUUGGAGUGCUCGUCAUCAGUGUCCUGACCUGGAGGCUGAUCGUAAGAAUGGACUCUGACACACACACGCAGGAGCAGCAGGAGGACCUGGUGUUGGAGGAGGACUCAGUCUUUGGAGACGAGGACGAGGAGGAAAUCAGCAGAAACAAGUUCCUGGUUGAACUAGAGUUACUGGUCAGUAAAACCAGGCAGAUGGUGGAAACCAUGACGACGACCGGAUGGAAAGUCUUGCUGACAGUUCUGCUGGGACUGACAGGCAUCAUGUUCCCCUCCCUCUCCUCCCUCCCCUACCUGCUGUGUUUUCAGGUGUUGUGUACGUGGUGGGCGUGGUCCGGCCGGGUCCCGACCCUCCUCUUUAGGUGUGUGUCUGGUAUGUCACUGCCCUACUCCGCGUCCCACUUCCUGUUCCUCUACAGCUACCAGCUGCCCUCGCUGCAGGAGGCGUGGCCCCCCAACCGCACCUCUGCCAGAGUGUUCGGGAUGGUCCCGGUCGGCUCGGUGGACUGCUCCGCCCCCUGGAGGCUGCAGGUGAACUCUGAGCUCAGCUGGUUUCACCUCUGCAGUCCUCUGAUGCUGCUGCUGCUCUACAACGCCGUGGCAGGUCUGUGGAGGAACCAGCUGAUCGACGGUGAUGGGGGGCGGGGUACAUCUAGGACAGAGUCAGUGAUCAGCAGGAGCUGUGACAUCAUCACUGCCACCAGCACCCUGAGUGUCACCAGUGAUGAUGUCACCAGUGACAUCACAGCGGAGCGACGGAGAGAGCUGUGGAGGAGAGCUCACGAUCCUCCAGAGUGCAGAGACACGCUGACGUCCUCCACCAAUCACAGUACCUCUGACUCUUUUGCCCCGCCCACCCAGAGCACAGCCCUAGGAUUGGAUGUUUCUUCCACGCCUCACUGCUCUCUCAGCCAAUCAGACACUUUAGAGACGUGUGCGUUUGAAGGAGAUGAAUGGGACGAGGAGGAAGAGAUGGAGGAGGAGGAUGAAGAUGAAGGGGGCGGCGCCGCCGCGCUGGCCUUCAGCUUCCUCCUCAAACAGAGCUACAUCUGCGCCCUGGUGGCCAUGAUGGCCUGGCCCAUAACGUACGUGUCCUGGCUGACGUGCGUCCUGCUGCUGUGGUCCUGCAUCCUCUGGAUGAUGCGAGAGCGCCGCCGUUACACGCUGAUGUCAUCACCCUGGCUGGUUGCCUACGGCAACCUGCUUGUCAUCCUACAGUAUGUCUACAGCUUCCCCUCCGUCCAGGAAGUUCCUGGACUGUUUCCGAAAAUAGAUGACCCCUGCAGGGAGCUCGUCUCCAAGUUGUUGUGUCUGUUGACCUUCUGGCUGCUACUACGCCAGGCGCUAACGGAGAAGAGAGACAGACAGAAAGACCUCCAGCUGUCCAACAUCACCGUCCACACACAGGAGGAGCAGCGUGUUGGUGACCAUCAGCAGGAGAAGAAAAAGGAGGAGGAGAAGAAGAAAAAGGAAAUGUCGUACGAGGAGGUGCUGCUCCUGCAAGGAGGAGGACCACUUAAGAUGGAGGCUCUUGUUGCCUUGGUUACCAGGAUGUUUGUUAAAUACUGGAUCUACGUCUGCGGAACGAUGUUCUUCUUCGUUAGUUUUGAAGGAAAAAUCGUCGUCUACAAAGUGAUCUAUAUGGUGAUGUUCCUCUGCUGCGUCGCCCUCUACCAGUUGAACUACGAGCGUUGGCGUUCCGUGCUCAGGGGUUUCUGGGUAGCCGUUGUGGUUUACUCCAUGCUGGUUCUGAUCCUGGUCUACACCUUCCAGUUCCCUUCGUCCCCUGACACCUGGAGCUACUACACUGGACUCAGCACUCACAGGCUGGAAGACCUCGGUCUGGAGAAGUUUUCUGUUCCCGUUCUCUUCACCAGGAUCUUCAUCCCCGCUUCAUUCCUCCUGGUAUGUAUCGUUCACCUUCAUUACUUCCACCAGCCGUUCCUGCAGCUGACCGACCUGAAGACAGUGGUGGACACACACAACAGCACCAUCAGCAGGUUAGUCCACUCUGACGGCAGCCUGUUUGACCUGUCGCUGGGUGGAGCUCCUCUUUUCCUCCUUGAGGAGGAGACACAGGAGGAGACACAGGAGGAGACACAGGAGGAGAGACAGGAGGAGGACCCCUGCAUGUUGGACAGGGAAACCCUGUCUGACCACAUCAUAGGGCUGGUGUCCUGGCGGUUGGUGGUGGACCGUCUCGUGGUUCUGUCACUGCGCCUCCUUGUCUCCCUGCAGCGCCUCCAGUUUGUCCUCUGGUGGAUCCUGGAAAUGCACAUUGUCAAGAUUGUGUCCUUGUACAUCAUCUGGGUCUGUGUGAAGGAGGUGUGUGUGUUGAACCUGGUGUUCGUGCUGUGCGUUGCCGUGGCGAUGCCCUGCAGGGCGUGGCGCCCUCUGCUGUCCGGGGUCUGUACUGUCUGGACCUGUGUGCUGACCGUCUGUAAGAUGUUGUACCAACUCAACGUCGUCCAGCCAAUCAGAUACUCCUCCAACUGCACUAUGCCAGGUAACUUCAGUACUGACCUGUCUGUGUCUGGUCUGUACUCCGGGCCCGUUGAUCCCGCCCAGUGGGUGGGUCUUCGGAAGACGGAUGGGAAGUUGCUCGAUUACCUGAGGUCUAAUCUGACGAUGCUAGCGCUGCUAGCCUUCGAGGUAACCGUCUACAGACACCAGGAGCUGUACCGUCUCCGCCGUAACCAAGCCCCGCCCCAGACCCGGACGCUGUUUCAUGACAUCACCAGGCGUCACCUAGACAACGGGGUGCUGAGCUGCAUCAAGUACUUCCUCAACUACUUCUUCUACAAGUUUGGAUUGGAGACCUGCUUCCUGUUGGCUGUGAACGUGAUUGGUCAGCGGAUGGACCUGUUUGCUGUAGGCCACGCCUUCGGCCUCAUCACCAUCCUAUCACAGCGCAACAGGAAGCGCAUCGCCGCGGUGUGGCCCAAGUACUGCUACUUCCUGUCGGGUCUGUUGUGUUUCCAGUACCUGCUGUGCGUCGGGUUCCCCCCCGCUGCCUGUACAGAUUAUCCCUGGAGACCCCCCAACUCUAACAUGGACUCCGACGUGGUGAAGUGGCUCUUCCUCCCUGAUCACCUGACCCCCCCGAACCCCAUCUUCCUCCUCUACGACUUCCUGCUGGUCCUCGGCGCCGCGCUCCAGCGGCAGGUCUUUGAGGAAGAGGUCCAGCCGGCGGUUCAGAUCCUCGCUGGAGACAACUGGGAGCUGGACGAAGACAACGGACGUGUCUCUGAUCCAAUCCGACGGCUCUGUGUCAACACAGGCCCAGACUUCAUGCUCUGCAGGUCUUACUUGGACAUGAUGAAGUUAAUAAUCUUCAGCUACAUGUUCUGGUUCGUCCUCACCAUCAUCUUCAUCACCGGGACAACCAGGAUCAGUAUCUUCUGUAUGGGUUACCUGGUGGCAUGCUUCUACUUCCUGUUGGUGGGCGGGGACCUGCUGCUGAAACCAGUCAGAUCCAUCCUGCUGUAUUGGGACUGUCUGAUUGGCUACAACGUGUUUGUCAUCACCAUGAAGAACAUCCUGUCGAUCCUGGCGUGUGGUUUCAUUAAAUCGUUGGUAAUGAAUCACUGUUGGCUGAUUCAGCUCUUCAGUCUUGCCUGCACCAUCAAAGGAUACACCAGACCGGAGCAACAAAGCAGUAAACAGUGUGAGUUGCCAAGCGACGAGGCCGGCAUCAUCUGGGACGGCGUCUGUUUCUGUUUCCUGUUGCUGCAGAGGAGAGUCUUCAGGAGUCAGUACUUCCUGUAUGUGGUCCUGGAUCUUCAAAAUACACAACUACUGGCUUCCAGGGGCGCGGAGCUCUUCGAGGCGUCCACAUUGAAAGCUGUCAGAGCAAGACUGGAGAUGGAGAAGACGUCCAUGGACCUGCUGAAGAGACAGAUGGAGAGAAUUAAAUAUAGACAGCAGAAGUUCCGCAGAGGAAAAGCUAAAAUGUUGAGUUUGACCCAAGACAGCUUCCAGACUGAUGGUCCGGAAACCAAGAAGGGUCAGCAACGGAAAAAGUGGUGGAGACCCUGGGUUAACCACACCUCCAUGGUGAGGAGCGGUGACUACUACCUGUUUGAGACAGACAGUGAGGAAGAGGAGGUGAAGGAGGAAGAAGAGGAGAAGGAGGAGGAGCUUUCUGACAAAUCAGCCUUCCAGUUUGUCUAUCACGCCUGGAUAACAGACUCCAAAACAGCAAUGAGAGCUCGCAACAACCAAAAGAAACUGUGGAAGAAAAGCUCGUCUAAACGAAGGGGUAGGAAGGAGGAGAAGAGAGAAGCUGGAGUUAUAGAAGAGAAGGAGGAGACAGAGGAGGAUGUAGAAGAGGAGGAAGAGGAGGAGGGUCCAGACACGGUGUUGCAUCGGUUUUCCAACACGAUGCAGUUCUGUUGGGUUCUGCUGUCAGCUCUGCUAGAUUCUCUGACUGCCUGGCUCAACGGUCUGUGUCAGGAACACAUCGACAUCUCCACGGUCCUCCGCAUCGAGCGCUGCAUGCUAACACAGCAGGCUAAGCAGGGUAAUGUUCCCACCAGAGAGGCGAUCCACCUUUACUACCAAGAACAGAUGAUGAAAAGCUCAAGGGAGUCAGGCCUAGACUACAGUACCAAUGAGGCAAAGGAAACCCCGGGGGCAGCAGAAGAAACCCCGGGGGCAGCAGAGGAAACCCCGGGGGGGGCAGCAGAGGAAACCCCGGGGGCAGCAGGGGCAGCAGAGGAAACUCCGGGAGCAGCAGAGGAAACCUCAGGAGCAGCAAAGGAAACCCCGGGGGCAGCAGUGGAAACCCAGGGGGCAGCAGAGGAAAUCCCGGGGGCAGCAGUGGAAACCUCAGGAGCAGCAAAGGAAACCCCGGGAGCAGCAAAGGAAACCCUGGGGGAAACAGAGGAAGCCUCGGGAGCAACAGAGGAAACCACAGGGGCGGCAGAGGAAACCCCAGGAGCAGCAAAGGAAACCCCGGGAGCAGCAAAGGAAACCCCGGGGGCAGCAGAAGAAACCCCGGGGGCAGCAGAGGAAACCCCGGGGGCAGCAGAGGAAACCCUGGGGGAAACAGAGGAAACCCCGGGGGCAGCAGAGGAAACCCUGGGGGAAACAGAGGAAACCUCGGGAGCAACAGAGGAAACCCCAGGGGCGGCAGAGGAAACCCCGGGGGAAGCAGAGGAAACCCCAGGGGCUGCAGAGGAAACCCCGGGGGCAGCAGAGGAAACCCCAGGGGCAGCAGAGAAAACCCCGGGGGCAGCAGAAGAAACAGAGGAAACCCAGGGGGCAGCAAAGGCUUCAUCCUUAGAAUUUAAACCAGCGAUAGCAGCAGCAGCAGAUAGGGACCCAGUAGGUGGAGAUUGCCCAGAAUGCUUUGGGACUACAAGCAGCCAACAAUGGAGACCCAGACUGUCCAGGAUGCAGAGAGUUGAGAUCUGGUCUUCUUCAGAGGAAGAAGAUCCUUCUCUCAGUGGUGGAGACUUCCAGCAACUUCCUGGUGACACACAGCCGACUCAGACCAGCGCCUCCUCCCCCACGUUGCCGUCUUCCCUUCUCCUCCCCCCCUCUUACAGCCUGGCUCUGGGCCUGGACCUACAGGAGGAGGAGGCUGGGGAGGGAUUCAGGAGGCGACUGCAGGUUCAGACACCGGGGGAAAGGAGUGACUUCCUAUCUGACUCGCCCCCCUCUUCCUGUCUGCUGACGUUUCGCACUCAGGAGCUCACAGCCAGUGAGCUUCUAAGGAACAGGACUUUCCACAAUGUGGAGCUUGAGGUGUCAGACUGUUUCUAUGCCAAUCAACACCAGCUGCUCCAGCUGUGCUACGCCCUCUACAACAUCCUGGCAGCUAGGUCGGAGACGGUGUGUUACCUGGUCAUCGUGUUGAACCACAUGGUGUCUGCCAGCUGUCUGACGUUGGUACUUCCUGUUCUGGUGUUUCUGUGGGCCACGCUGUCGGUCCCUCGACCGAGUAAGACCUUCUGGAUGACGGCCAUCAUCUACACCGAGGUUACUAUCGUCAUCAAGUAUUUCUUCCAGUUUGGCUUUUUUCCAUUCAACCAAAAAUUGGAGGUGGACCGGUCCAAACCGUUCCAUCCCCCGAACAUCCUGGGCGUGGAAAAGAAGGAAGGCUACGUCCUUUACGACCUGCUGCAGCUGCUGGCGUUGUUCUACCACCGGGCAAUAUUAAAGUGCCACGGAUUGUGGGACCAGAAUGUUGCCAUGGAGACCGACACUCUCCAUCACCCUGACAACCAGCUUGACUCCACCCGCAGUGCUACCUCCAUUGAUGUGGCUGACUCUGCUAGCUCGCUGCGCCGGCGCGGCCGGAGACGGACGCGCUCCAGCUCCACCCAGCCGCGCUCUCCUGCAGGCAGCAUGUGUUCCAGGUCUGAGCCCCCCGGCAGGUUGGAUCUGCUGCUGGAGAAACUCACAGAGCUUUCCAUCAGAGCCAAGAAGUACUCUAUUAGCAGGUGCAUGUCUCUGUCCCAUCCAGUCCUUCAGUUCUUCAAAGCUCUCGUCCAACCAGAAUACAGCGCCGUCACUGAUGUUUACGUCCUCAUGUUCCUCGCCGACACCAUCGACUUCAUCAUCAUCGUCUUCGGCUUCUGGGCUUUCGGAAAACAUUCUGCAGCUGCUGACAUCACUUCCUCUCUCUCAGAAGACCAAGUUCCUGAAGCUUUCCUGGUGAUGGUUCUGAUCCAGUUUGGCACCAUGGUGAUAGACAGGGCCCUGUAUUUGAGGAAGACCGUUUUGGGCAAGUUGGUCUUCCAGGUGAUUUUGGUUUUUGGAAUUCACUUCUGGAUGUUCUUCAUCCUGCCGACGGUCACUGAGAGACGGUUCAACCAGAACCUGGUGGCCCAGCUCUGGUACUUUGUGAAGUGUGUGUACUUCGGUCUGUCGGCCUAUCAGAUCCGGUCUGGGUACCCGACUCGGGUUUUGGGAAACUUCCUGACCAAGAGCUACAACUACCUGAACCUCUUCCUGUUCCAGGGUUUCCGUCUGGUCCCCUUCCUGACGGAGCUCCGGGCGGUGAUGGACUGGGUCUGGACGGACACCACCCUGUCUCUGUCCUCCUGGAUCUGUGUGGAGGAUGUGUAUGCUCACUGCUUUGUCCUGAAGUGUUGGAGGGAAUCUGAGAAGAGGUACCCUCAGCCUCGCGGCCAGAAGAAGAAGCGUGUUGUGAAGUACGGGAUGGGGGGUUUGAUCGUUCUGCUGCUAAUCUGCAUCGUCUGGUUUCCACUGCUCUUCAUGUCGCUCAUUAAGUCUGUCGCCGGGGUCGUGAACAAACCACUCGACGUCUCUCUGACCAUCACCCUGGGAGGAUUCCAGCCCAUCUUCACCAUGAGUGCGCAACAGAAUCAGCUGAGAGAUCUGACGGAGGAAGACUUCACUUUCUUCACCAGCUCCUACAGCUACACUCCCAGUGCCUUGCAGUUCCUGGAGGCCUAUGGCCCAGAGGAUGUGACAGUGGCCGAGCUGCAGGGCAGCAGUAACUCCCUCUGGACCAUCAGUCCUCCCAGCAGGAAGUACCUGAGCCAGGUGCUGGACCUGGAUCACUUCCCGCUGACGCUGUCCUGGACUGUGCAGAGGAACUUGAGUCUGGGGGCAAAGGCGGAACUUGCAUCAGGUAAACAUGUGACCUACCUGGACGAUCAGACUCGCCUGGAGCUGAUUCAGCUGCUGAACGGAACCAGGACACGUCCUGUGGUCAUACAGGAAGUGUUUCCAUGUUUUAUUCGAGCUCCCAGCGACUCCAACGCUAAACCCAUCGAACAGCUUUAUGCAGACAGCCACUACAAGGACAUCCUGCUGGCCCUGGAGCGGUCAACUAAUCAAAGCCGAGAGAUCCAGGACUGGUGGAUUGUGGACCAACCGGCUGCCAGCCUAGUGCCUGUUGGGGGCGGAGCUUUCUUCAGUAACAGAAGGGAGGCGGGGCUUCAGCUGUUUGUGUUCAGUGAUAAAGUCAGUCCUCCUAGUCUCGGCUUCCUGGCUGGAUACGGCAUCAUGGGUCUGUACGCGUCUGUGGUCUUGGUGAUUGGGAAGUUCGUGCGCGAGUUCUUCAGCGGGAUCAGUCACUCCAUCAUGUUCGAGGAGCUGCCGUGUGUUGACCGCAUCUUCAAACUGUGCACCGACGUCUUCCUGGUGAGAGAGACAGGGGAGCUGGAGUUAGAGGAGGAGCUUUACGCCAAACUGAUCUUCCUCUACCGCUCUCCAGAGACUCUAAUCAAAUGGACCCGGCGCUAACCUCGUCGACAAAUACUACGACUGCAGUGACAUCACACGCUGUGACAUCAUCACAUACUGUGACAUCAUCACCGACUGUCCUUUCUGAACUUUGGUUCUUUUCCAGGAAGAAACAUCAGGGACCAAAACUGGAACAUCCACUGAAUCUUAUUUUGAAGGUUUGAAAAAACAGGAAACAUUACCUUUUUCUGAUGAAAUCCACAAUAAAGUUUUGAUUUCUGAUGACCGAUAACGUCACCGGGAAACUUCACCUUCUCUGAUAACAGCUGAUAGA